GGCCGAGAAGAUUGGUGCUAGGGUGGGGGGAAGGCAGACAUUUGACUGACCAUGGGAGGGGCAGGAUUGAAAGGCAGGGCCCCAAGACCUCUGUGAAAAUGGAGCUGCUUUUGCAACAGAAGCCCUUCCAUUCUCCUCUCCUGUCCUCUUCUCCCUGCUGUGUCAGAGGUGUCACCCGUGGGGUAAGCAGCUGGCCGAGUCCACCCCUGCUCCCUGUCGGCCUGUGCCCGUGGCCUGGAGGUCAGAGCUCCCACACAUACACUUUUCUGGUGCCCUUCCCUAAACUCAUCACUGGGGGCUGGCUGUCAUCAGCCCAGUCUCAUCCCAGCAGGGUACCAACCAAGGGAAUAGAAAAACAGAGUUUGAAUUACACACAGAAACAUUUUCUGCAGCAGGUUAUAAACCCUGUGAACUAAUGAAGCUGGAAAACAGGCCUAGAGUAAGUUUCCCCCUCCCCCUCCAGUUUUACCAGCUCAGCAAGGGCUGUACCCGCCCAGGACCUUGUUUGUUGAUUCAAGCUCAGCCAGGCUUCAAUAAGAAAACCUUGUCAGGAGAAUUGAUUUUAUUUUCAUAGCCUGGCUCCAGCCUUCCUCCUCAUGUCCAGCUGGGAUGAGUAAGCAUCCUUAGGGAUAGCCUGUCUUCUCCAGGACCCAGACACGAAUGCCCCCUCAUGGCCAAAGAAGGUAGUGCAGAGGUGAAGCAAAGGGUUCUGUGCUGCGAUAGAGACCUGAGUUCAUGUUUGGCUCUGCCACAAUUUGUUGUGUGACUUUGGGCAAACUGUUCACCAUCUCUGGGCUUUGAAAAAGGAGGAAGUUGGCCUGGAUAAGCAAAAAGUCUUCCAGUUUGGAAAGUCUGACCCCCACUGCCUUCCUGCUCCCCGCCCAGUCCUGUGCUUGGCUACCAUUCAUAGCUUAUGCACUGAAGGGGAAUGCUUGGGCACAUUUCACCAGGUCUUGUCUCCUCCAUCUUAAUUGAAUGGAAGAGGAGGGAGAUGGGGCCAGUGGGUAGGUGAACGCUUUUGGUGCUAGUAGCCAUGAGGCUUUGAUGCAUCUGCUAAUAGGCCCAUUUCCUUAAAACUGAUUUCUUUUAUGGAAAAAAGAUAGCAGUGAACAUUCAGCACAGGCGACUUUGACUUCAUCUGCCUCCAGGCAAGAGUGGCAGUAAUCUCUGGGCAGAAUUCCUUCAACAAAUAUUUGUUGGGCAUCUACUGCCUGCCAGGGACUGGGCAGAGAGGAGUAAGACCUGGUUGCUGCCCUCAGCACAAAACCAAGGACAGAGCAUUCUUCCCCAAGGAGGAGGGCCUCUGAGGCCUAGGAAGUUACAAAUAAGGGAGGAUGGGGUGGCCUAUCUGAUGCCAGAACUUACAUUGAGCUGAUUUCCUGGAAAUCUAGAGAGGGUCUGGAGCACUUCCUGAGCAGCAUGUGGUAGAGCUCAUGGCCAUCCUGUCCCCAAGCCCUGAGCUCCUGGUCCCCAGGCCUUUGCUGCUCUGGCCAGCCAAAGGCAGAGAAGCACCUGGCCACCUUGGGCUGAGGUGUACUUCCCCAGGUCACAUCAGUUCCCCUAAAGAAGCUGAACGGCCUGGGGAGGGGCCUGGAGCCACCACCAUCAUGGAGCAGCCACAGUACCCAAGCACCCAGACUGUGGUCAUAGCUCCUGCCCCAGGGGGCGUGCAUAGGGCAGGGGCUGACCACAGGGACCUGAGCCCACAGAGGUGGGGACUGUUCCCAAUGGGGCUGUGGCAAGCCAGAGUGUGGCUGCCACUCCACUCUGCUCUCAUGCCAGGCAGGCACAUGGUCCUUGCCCUCAAGAAGCUCACAGCCCAAGCCCAGUUAACCCCUACAUUUUCAAGCACGGUAAGAGUGCAGCAGGGCCAUCUCCCUCCCUGGUGCUCUAUUUCCUGUGCCUACUUGGUCUCGGUCACACACCACCUUUCCCAGAAGCCCCAAGAGAGAAUUAGGCCAAAGGGCUUCGGCAUCCAGUGCUUCACAAUCCAGAAAGCUGCCAAAGCGGUGACUUUGGGUGAACUGAGGCUCCUAUGGCCCGCUGGUGCUGCCCCAGCGCUCCCCGUCCGCCUGGCUGACAAACCCAGUUCCCGAGAUUUCUGGCUAGACGUGGCGGACUCAGCUCGAGCAUGGGGAGCAGAGGGUUUUUAGAAAAGCGAGCAGAAGGUAGUGUCACUCCUAAGUAGAAGAUAACAACAACAAUUUAGACAGAGAUUGGAUUGAUGGUUACCAGAGGAGACUGGGGUAGGGAGGAGGACGAAAGGGCUGCUUGGGGCACAUGCCAAUGGCGAUGGAUUGUAAUCAGUCAUUGGCUGGUGAACAUGAUGUAAUCUACACAGAAGUCGAAAUAUGCUGAUGUACAUCUGAAAUUUAUAUAAUGUUAUAAACCAAUGUUACCGCAAUUUUUUUAAAAAAGGAAAGUAGUGUCAAAGGACCCAUGGUGGGGGCGCAGGGAGCCGGCGCCUGAGCUCUGGAAGAGCGUCCUUCGUCAGGUGCAAGGGAGUCUAGAGGUGCUUCUGCCUCGACAGCCCCCUACACGGGCGCCCUCCGGCAUCUCUGAGCUACCAAGGAUCCUAGAGGUGCUCGUCAAACCACACGUAACCCUCCGAGGUCCUUCGCCCCGGGCAGGGAAGUAAAGCGUGAAGCAGAACGCGCACGCGCACGAGCGACGGCCCCGCCCCUGGCCCGCCCCUUCCGCCCUUUGGGGCGGAGCUAAGCGUGGCUUCCGCCGGAAGUCCGGAACUGAGCCGAAAAUCAAGCCCAGCUGCUGAGUGCUGGCUGUCGCUGCUGUGUCCUCCGGAGGGGAGCACCGUCCUUGUCUCCCACGCCCCAAUUUAGAAUUUUCACAUCCACCUCUUAGAAGGUCGUGAGACCUCACCCCAUCCCCUUCAUCCCAGUUCCAGCUGCACGUUACUGCAAAACCUGAACCCAGGAAAGGAACCUCUUUCCCGCCCGGCCCGCCUUUGCCCGGAUCGGUGGAGGCCCGGGAGGUUCUCGCCCAGCUUCCCGCCUCGCCUCCCGCACUCCUGCCUGAGCCCCGGGGGCCCUCCCCCGCCCCGACCAUGGCCCAGAAGCCGAAGGUAGACCCCCACGUCGGCCGGCUGGGAUACCUGCAGGCGCUGGUCACGGAGUUCCAGGAGACGGAGAGCGAAGACGCCAAGGAGCAAGUCCUGGCCAACCUCGCCAACUUCGCCUAUGACCCCAGCAACUACCAGUAUCUGCGGCAGCUGCAGGUCCUGGAUUUAUUCCUCGAUUCGCUGUCGGAGGAGAAUGAGACCCUGGUGGAGUUUGCUAUUGAGGAAAGCGUAUCAACCAUUGAACUGGCUGAACCAAGAGGGAAAGGGAUUAGUGACCCCUUCCAGAAGGCUCGGCUGCGGCAGGCAGGAAAGCCUUUCUGGAACCUUGAAGGGGAGGGCUGGAGACCAGAAUGGACUUUGGAUCUCUUGUCCCUGGGCCACCUCUCACAGGCCUGGGCCCUUCCCUGGGACUCAGUGAGCAGACAGGAGCUGGGAGGAGGCCCGGGACUGAGGCCUCCAAACUCACCUUGCUCUUCUCCAGGAGGCCUCUGCAACCUGUGCUCAGACAAGGCCAACAAGGAACACAUCCUGCAGACAGGGGGCGUCCCGCUCAUCAUCAACUGCCUGUCCAGUCCCAACGAGGAGACUGUGCUAUCUGCUGUCACCACGAUCAUGUACCUGAGCUCGCCAGGCUCUGGCUCCCACCCCGAGCUGACCGCCAUGCCCGUGGUCCAGUGCAUGCUGCGCUUCUCUCUCUCGGCCAACACGAGGCUCCGGAACCUGGCCCAGAUCUUCUUGGAAGACUUCUGUUCCCCAAGCCAGGUGGCUGAAGCCCGCAGCUGGCGGGCUCACUCUGCCUUGGGUAUCCCCCUGCCAAAGACUGAGGCCCCACAGCAGCCCUGAUCCAAGGAGACCUCGGGCCAUGGCACCCUUAACUGCCAGAGACAAGACUAAAUCCUCAGAGGGCUCGGGAAGCAGGAGCAGCACAGCUCCCACUGAGCACAUCCUCCCCAAAUGGUGCCUUUUCGGCCAUUGUAAAGGUGAGUUUCCUCAGCGUGACAGGUAUUUACACUGAUGAAAGGCGUUAGGAGAUGAGUGAAGAAGCCAGACUUCUAGACACACGGAGAAGGAAAUCAAAGCUGGUGCCACUGUCACAGGCUGCCGCUCUGAACCAACUGGAGGCGAAGGUCCUGCCUCCCAGCCCACCCCACUGCCAGGCUCGCACCCUCGCGUAAGAAGCAACCGGUCCCUAGAUCCAGAGACUUUGCAGAAGGCUCUUCCCCUGAGGAACAGCUGGGCCUGGGGCUCGGGAGAGCUGCCUGAGCUGGAGGCUUUGAGGACUAGGCUCACCGCUCAACAGAAUUGUCUGGAGUGCUCUGGAGGAAUAGAAAUGAGAAGUUGUUAAAAGUAUCUCGGGGCUCUGGGAAGGUGUCGUGCCCACUCCAGGGCUCUGAAGCCUGGGUACUGCCCGACAAGCUGUCCAGGCCAGGCACCGGGCGUGGUGGGCACCAGCCUAGAGAACGCUAUGGCCCAGGACUAACUGUUUAUUCACACAGGCCUGUCUGCCAGGCACCACGUUAGGGCUUCAAAGACGAAGAUGUGGUCCCUGCUCUUGAGUGACGCAGCCCAGUGACUGUUAACAUGGCCGUCAGGCAUUAAGCCCAAGCCAUGAGGGUGCUGACAUAUCAGAACACAGGCACAAAUCCACGGAGCUGUGUCCUCUUCCCUCAGUACCCCAAGGUCCCCACCUGAAAGCCCUGGCCCUCCUCCUCCGCCAUCACGGUUAGUGGCAGGGAGUCCCUGUCUCAGGCUCAGGAGGGCUUCAGGGACGCAAGGAAGAGCGGCGCUCAAGGGGAGGACCAGGUACUGACACACAGUGUGUGCUCGGAUUCACAGUGUGCGCUGCUCAGCGCGGGAAGGGGUGUGCGACUCCCAUGGGAAGUGGAGCUUUAGGAGCAGUGGAGGGUCCUGGUCUCCCUUCUGUACUCCCUUAAGGUUGACCUCUUACAUGCCCAAGGAAAGGCAGAGGCAGAGGGAUAGUGUCCAGGUGGACGCGGAGGUGGGGCAGAUUAUGGGACUGAUGGAUAAGGGGAAGCGGGAGGGAGGGCGGGCCUCCUCAGCCUCUAUUCCAACUGCCUCCCUGGGGGCCCUGCCCCUUGACUUUCCCAAAUAAAGGACCUUAAAAGAG